AUGGUGCUCCCGCCGCCGCACAUCGCCGUGGUGGCCUUCCCCUUCAGCUCCCACGCGGUCGUGCUCUUCUCCUUCGCGCGCGCCCUCGCCGCCGCCGCGCCGCCCGGGACGAGCCUCUCGUUCCUCACCACCGCCGACAACGCCGCGCAGCUCGGCAAGGCCGGCGCGCUCCCGGUGAACCUGCGCUUCGUCGAGGUCCCGGACGGGGUGCCCCCGGGCGAGACGAAGUGGCUGCCGCCGCCGCGCCGAAUGGAGCUCUUCAUGGCCGCGGCCGAGGCUGGCGGGGUCAGGGACGGGCUGGAGGCGGCACGCGCCGCCGCGGGCGGCGCCAGGGUGAGCUGCGUCGUCGGGGACGCGUUCGUCUGGAUGGCCGCCGAGGCGGCCGCCGCUGCCGGCGCGCCGUGGGUGGCCGUCUGGACCGCCGCGUCCUGCGCCCUCCUCGCGCACCUCCGGACCGACGCGCUCCGCCAGGACGUCGGCGAUCAGGCCGCGAGCCGAGCCGACGAGCUGCUGACCGCGCACGCCGGCCUCGGCGGCUACCGCGUCCGGGACCUCCCCGACGGCGUCAUCUCCGGCGACUUCAACUACGUCAUCAGCCUCCUGCUCCACCGCCUGGCGCAGCGCGUUCCUAAAGCGGCCACGGCCGUCGCUCUCAACACCUUCCCGGGCCUCGACCCGCCCGAGCUCACCGCCGCCCUCGCCGCCGAGCUCCCAAACUGCCUGCCCCUCGGCCCCUACCACCUCCUCCCCAGCGCCGAGCCCGCAGCAGACACCAACGAAGCGCCGGCCGACCCGCACGGCUGCCUCGCCUGGCUCGACCGCCGGCCCGCGCGGUCCGUCGCGUACGUCAGCUUCGGCACGAUCGCCUCGGCGCGGCCGGAGGAGCUGCAGGAGCUCGCGGCCGGGCUGGAGGCGAGCGGCGCGCCGUUCCUGUGGUCGCUGCGCGAGGAGUCGUGGCCGCUGCUCCCGCCGGGGUUCCUGGAGCGCGCGCCGGGCCUCGUGGUGCCGUGGGCGCCGCAGGUGGGCGUGCUGCGGCACGCCACCGUCGGCGCGUUCGUGACGCACGCCGGGUGGGCGUCGGUGCUGGAGGGCGUGUCCAGCGGCGUGCCCAUGGCGUGCCGCCCCUUCUUCGGCGACCAGGCGAUGAACGCGCGGUCGGUGGCCAGCGUGUGGGGCUUCGGCACGGCGUUCGACGGGCCGAUGACGCGCGGCGGCGUGGCCAACGCGGUGGCGACGCUGCUGCGCGGGGAGGAUGGGGAGCGGAUGAGGGCCAAGGCGCAGGAGCUGCAGGCCAUGGUGGGCAAGGCGUUCCAGCCGGACGGCGGCUGCAGGAAGAACUUCGCCGAGUUCGUCAAGAUAGUUUCUCGGGUGUGA